AGCAGCCUCAUCCUUAAUGAUCCUCAAGCAACCCAAGAAAGCAGACACAUUCAAUGGAAUGUAGAACAAAUAGACAUUUCAGGCAGCUCUUGUCCACAGACUGGAAACAAGGAGAGGACCACAGUCUCCAGUAUAGCCCCUGUCUUAGGGAACAAACAGUGCAUCUUCUUCCCGGUGAAAGAAGAGGAGCGAGAGGUUCUUUUGGGAGCCUCUCAGAGUGACAGUAGUGUAUUAAACCUGAGCAUGUCUGUCGAUACCAGACUUCUUCAUGGACUUAAUCAAACAGAACAUCCGCCAGGUGAUGGUGGUUUAUAUGACGAGACCCCUGCCACGGGGGACAAUCAGGGAACCAGAAUGAGAGGGGUGUCAUUAGGAACAGAGGAUAGUGACUCCGAGAACACAGGAGCUGAGACAAACAUUGAGCAUCAGAAUGUACCAGAGCUUCGAGACUUCCUCCUUCAGAGUUCUGAUGAAGAAGACGCAAGUGUUUUUGAAUCCCCUGAUCCUCAGCCUGAAUCAGAAGCCCAUGUUAUGGCCUGCUACUACAAGAACCAACACAAUAGCCCACUGCAGCCAAAUGAACAAUCUCACAACUUUCCAGCAUCAGAAACCCAGCCCUCUCCCAGUGCAUCAAGAGAAAGAAAUGGAGACAGCGAACCCAUUGAUUACUUCUCUAAGUAUUAUGGUUGGGAUGCCUGGGAAGAAAUUGCCCAGUGCACAAAUAAAUUGUCCAACAUGCCCAACACAGUCACAGCCAAAGAGGUUGCACAGUUUGUCGGAAUCCACAUUGCAAUGGGAACUUUGAAGUUUCCCAGUGUUAAGCUCUACUGGCAGGACUUUACUAAAGUACCUCUUAUUGCUGACACCAUGCCACUUUCCCGGUUUCUUCAACUGUCUCGCAAGUUGAAACUAAAUGCUCCUGCAAAAGACCAAGUCAAUAUUGUUAAGAGAGGAAAAAAUGUAAAAAAUUUGCACCAUGCUACACCAAUAACCAGUGUGCAAAGCGGUUUCAAUAGUAGCAGCCAUGUCCAAGUUCCCCUUCAGAGCCACAGGGAUAAGUCAGAUGACCAGGACUGUAUACUGAAUACUGAAACUGAUCCACUUUGGCGGAUUCAGCCAUUGCUACACCGUUUCAAGGCAGGAUGCCUGCUACUCAGACGAGAGGGUGAUUAUGGAGUUGAUCAAUACCCUCUUUCUUUGUCAAUUGGAAAGGUAAACAAUAAAAAUCUUUCUCUGCAUUGCACUACAUUAAUUGGAUUUGGUGGUCUAAUUCUACAUUUGGACCUAACAUUGGAUCUUUCGGAAAAAGAGGCUGCUGUAGAAAAAAUUGUCCCCAGGGAUAGCAUGGUGUUUCUUUGUAAGCAAGAACUCUCCACACCUGCAAUGCUUGAACGUCUGUUAGCUGCUGGCGUUCAUGGUGCAGGCAGGGUGGGAGGCGCAAGAGGACAGAUAGGAGAUGAGUUUGUGAGCUCAGAUGGAACGCUGAUGUUACGCAGAGCAAAUCAGGGCUUCAUCCUUUCAACUGUAGGGACCAGCCAGCGAAACAAUGCAUCACUUAUGGACAACUUUGAGAAAGCUCAGAAGUCAGCUUGCCUGAGUAGGGACUUACAAAAUCUUUACCGCAUCCCACUCACUGCCACAGUUCCAACAUGCUGGCCUCAAGCUGUGCUGUGGUACCUUACAGACAUGGCUUUGGUCAACUCAUGGCUUCUAUACAGGCAGGAUCACGGGACUCACUCUGAACCUCUGACCUUUAUGGCCUUCAGGCUUGAAGUGUCCAAGGCCUUGAUCUUCUCCGCUAGUACAGACACUCAGGACUCCAUUCCCCCUCAGCCCCCCUCACAUAAAGCUCAUGCAUCAAGUGUGACCCCCAACCCAGAUCUGGCAAAGGAAAGUCCUCUGCCAGAUUCAUCCAUAAGAUACGAUGGCUCUGGUCAUUGGCCAGAGCAGCUUGGCGAGGGAGAAGAGGGAAGGUGUCGUUUUGGAGGCUGUGGGAGAACAUCUCGAGUACUAUGCCUCAAAUGUUGUGUCUUUCUUUGUAUUUCCCGAAACCACAAUUGCUUUUUGAAUUUUCACAGUCAAAGGAAUUUGUGAAACCAGUUGUGUCAUGCCAGAAUUACCUAGUUACUUUCUAUUUAUUAUUCUCUUCCGGUCUAUUAAUAUCUACUCUGUUUCAUAAUUUCCCUAUGCCCUUCAGCGGCAGCCUUUUUCCUUUUCUAGAAUUAUUGUGCGGCAAUCAUGAGGUGGCUUGUUGUGAGAUGUAAUAUACACCUGACUUCAAAAGACAAUGUGUAAAGACGGAUUGCCAAAAAAUGUUCUGUAGUUGAAGUUGUAGAUAUUAUGUUAAAAUUAUUUUAAUAGUUUUGAAAAAAAAAUCAAAAUUAAGUUUAUAGUCCAUAAAAUUGUGACGAAUUUGUAUUCGCCUCUGUAUUUGAGCUUGUGUGUGGGUCUUAUUAUUUUCAACUUAAAGUUUCGGAAAAUAAAUUUAAAAAAUGU